AUGGGAAACCUUAUCUUUCAUUUCUGCUUCAUCUUCUUCAUGAUUUGCCCAGAUUUAUGUCAGUCCAAUUUUACUUAUUCCGAUGAAUAUGCGCUUCUGGCUUUCAAAUCUUCUGUUAAGGAUCCUUACAAUCACUUGGAAAACUGGUCCAAUUCGUCAUCCAUGUGCAAUUGGUCUGGGGUUACAUGUGAUGCUGAGAAUGAAAGAGUGAGAAUACUGAGUCUUGCAAAGAUGGGUCUCAACGGAAAAUUAGCCUCACAGAUUGGCAAUUUGUCGUUUUUAGUGAAACUUGACCUCAACAGCAACAACUUGUGUGGUAAGAUGCCAAAAGAGUUGCUUCAGCUGCACAGGUUAGAAAUUCUGAACUUGAGUUAUAAUGCAUUCAGUGGAGAAAUCCCAACUCGGAUUGGAAGCUUAUAUAGGCUUCAACACUUGAUUCUUGGCAAUAAUAGUUUUGGAGGCAUCAUUCCUGCAAGUAUAUCCAAUUUGUCAAAGUUGGAGACCUUGGAUUUGAAUUCUAAUUCCCUCCAAGGAUCUAUUUCCUUUGAUAUUGGAAGGCUUCAACAUCUUAAAAUUUUACGACUUCCUGUGAACAAGCUUUCAGGAAUUAUACCUCCAACUAUUUCUAACAUGUCCUCCCUUGAGCGGAUCUCAUUGUCUCGCAACCUUUUACAAGGCUCAAUACCUAUGGAAAUAGGUAAUCUUCAACAACUUAAGACAUUAUUGUUGUCUCAUAACAAAUUGAGCGAAUCUAUUCCAUCAGAAAUUUUCAACAUCUCAAAUUUGAAAGUCUUGUCCCUCCUCAACAACUCUCUAUCAGGAAGUCUUCCAUCAGAUUUUGGAUAUGGCCUUUCUAAUCUACAAGAGUUGUAUUUGUGGGACAACAAACUCUCCGGAAGAAUCCCAAAUACUGUAUCCAAUGCUUCUAAGUUAACCAUUCUAGAAUUGGAGCAAAAUAAUUUUGAUGGGGUUUUACCAAGCACACUUGGACAUUUAAGAUACUUAGAAUCCCUUUCGGUGGAUGAUAACAAUUUCACCAUAAGAGAUUAUUCAAAUUCUGAAACUGGCUUUUUUAGCUCGUUGUCAAACUGUAGACAUUUGACGACUCUGAUUCUCUCUAUUAAUCCUUUGAAUAUGAAACUUCCCAAGUCCAUUGGAAACUUGUCUGAUUCUCUACAAAUGCUGAUGAUAGACUCCUGCGAGAUUAACGGUAACAUACCAUCAGAAAUUGGGAAUUUGUCUAACUUGUAUCACUUAUCUUUGGCUGAAAAUGUUUUAAGUGGAUCAAUUCCAGCAACAAUUAGCAACUUACAGGCUCUUCAGCGUUUGACUCUUAUGGACAAUGAGCUAGAUGGUAAGAUUGUUGAUGAGCUUUGUGACAUUAGAAGACUUGCAUAUCUAUAUCUGUCUCGAAACAAAUUUUCUGGAGCAAUGCCGUGUUGCUUAGGAAAUCUUAUGUCCCUGCAGGAGCUUUAUUUGGACUCCAAUAAAUUGAUUGCUGAGGUACCUUCUUCCUUUUGGAAUUUGACAGGUAUAUUGCAAGUAAACCUAUCUUCCAACAUGUUGGUUGGAAAUCUUUCAUUCAAGAUUGGGAACAUAAAAUCUCUCACCCUAUUAGAUUUGUCAAGAAAUCAUCUUUCAGGCACCAUUCCAACAACAAUUAGUAGCUUGCAAAAUUUGCAAAUUUUCUCCUUAACACAUAACAGAUUGCAAGGAAAGAUUCCGGAAUCAGUUGGGAAUUUGCUAAGCUUAGAAAAGCUAGACCUUUCCGAAAAUAAUUUGUCUGGUGAAAUUCCUAAAUCACUAGAGUCACUUACAUCCCUUAAAUAUGUUAAUCUCUCUUUUAAUGAACUACAAGGCGAGAUUCCUCGUGGUGGGGUCUUCAAAGAUUUGUCAGCUGAAUCUUUCAUGAUGAAUAAAGCACUUUGUGGUGAGCCAAAAAUGCAAGUUCCUCCAUGCAGAAAAGAAAAAAGGAACAGGUCAAAGGCAAAAUUGAUUUUGCUGAGAUGCAUACUACCGGUGGUUUUGUCAACAAUUUUGGUUGUUUUAGGCUUUAUCCUGUUUCACCGUAAACGAAUAAAUUCCAGGCAUACCAUGAAACAAGAUUUAUCAACUUUAGGAAUGCCAAUAAGGAUUUCUUAUUUUGAAAUUUUGGAUGCAACCAACAGAUUUGAUGAGAGCAACUUACUGGGAAGUGGAAGUUUUGGUUCUGUAUUCAAAGGAAGGCUUUCAAGUGGAAUAAUGGUUGCUGUCAAAAUAUUCAAUUUUGAUUCUGAAACAUUGUCAAGGAGCUUUGAAGUGGAAUGUGACGCAGUGCGUAAUGUGCGUCAUCGCAAUUUGGUGAAGAUCAUUAGUAGUUGUUCCAAUGUUGAUUUCAAGUGUUUGAUAAUGGAGUUCAUUCCCAAUGGGAGUCUUGAAAAAUGGUUAUAUUCUCAUAACUAUUGUUUGGAUUUUCUGCAAAGGUUAAAUAUAAUGAUAAAUAUCGCAUCUGCUUUGGAAUAUCUCCAUCAUGGCUUAACAACACCAAUAGUCCACUGUGAUCUGAAGCCAAGUAACAUUUUGUUGGAUGAUAACAUGGUUGCUCAUUUGAGUGACUUUGGACUUGCAAAAUUUUUAGAUAAAGGAAAAUCGAGGACACUCACAGAGACAAUGCCCACAAUUGGUUAUGUUGCACCAGAAUACGGAUCUCUUGGAAUUGUUUCAACAAAAGUUGAUGUGUAUAGUUUCGGAAUAAUAGUAAUAGAAGUGUUCACAAGAAAAAGGCCAACAGAAGAUAUGUUUGUGGAUGGUUUGAGCUUGAAGAGUUGGUGGGUUGACACCCCAGUUCUUGAGAAACUCCCACAGAGUUUCAGAUAUCAGGAAAUCAUAUCUUGGCCGGUCAUAACAUUGCAGGUGGAAUGGCACCUCUCUCUCUCCCUCUCUGUGUUAUAUUGGCCAAAACGACAGAGGUCAGAAACAGAGCAUCGAUAG